GACUUGGUGAGAAUCUAUACCUUCCAGUUUCAUUCACUUUUUCAUCUCUUUUCGUUUUCAUAGACGCACAACAACAAUUUGAAUACCCUUCCUAUAUAUAUAUUCUUCUAUCUUCUUAUUUGAAGGACAUACAAAACGUUACAUUCAGCAAGAAAAACUCCCUACUCAGAUAAACUCAAACUGCUACAUAUCAAGAACUGAUAAUUAUCUCGAUCUCAGCGCAGCGCGAUGGCGAUGAAGAGGAUCCUAAAGGAGCUUCAAGACAUAAGGAGAGAUCCACCUACAUCAUGUAGUGCAGGUCCUAUAUCUGAAAACUUGUACCACUGGCAAGCGACAAUUAUUGGCCCAGCUGAUAGUCCUUAUGCUGGUGGUGUUUUCCUGAUGAGCAUUCACUUCCCCAGCGAUUACCCCUUCAAACCACCUAAGGUUGCGUUUAGGACCAAAGUGUUUCAUCCAAACAUAAACAAUAACGGUAAUAUCUGCCUCGACAUCUUAAGGGAUCAGUGGAGCCCUGCCCUCACUAUAUCGAAGGUUUUGCUAUCAAUAUGUUCUCUACUUACCGAUCCAAACCCUGAUGAUCCUUUGGCUCCGGAUAUCGCCUACAUGUACAAGAAAGAUCGAGCCAAAUAUGAGGCAACAGCUCAGAAUUGGACAGUUAAAUACGCCAUGAAUUGAGCUCCUUCAAGCAUCAAGCUUCCCGAUAUGUUCCCCCAAUGACAAACACUUCAAUAUCAAACAAACCUUGUUCCUAUGGCAUUUGAAAUUAAACUUAUCAGCAAUUUUGAUUCUGCCUCAUUUAUGUACCUCGAGACUUGAUUGAAUAAAUAAAUCGAGUUCACACAA